AAGUUGACAUUCUUUCCCAUUGCAUACCAAAAAGAAACUCAGUUGCGAAGAGAAAAAAGAAAGAUGGGGUGGGCAUGGAAGGAAGAACACUUGGAUAUAAUCCUAGUCCCAUCUGGGUUCUUGAUCAUGUGCGUCUAUCAUCUCUUUCUUCUCUAUAGAUAUCUCAAGCAUCCUGAAACCACAGCUAUCGGAUACGAGAAUCAUAACAAAAAGGCAUGGGUUGAAAAAAUGCUUCUGAUUGACACCAAAGAUAGAGGGUUUGUAGUAUCUGUUCUUAAUAGCCACUUAUCUGCUUCAACUUCCUUGUGUUCCAUUUCUCUACUUCUAUGUUCUCUUAUCGGAGCUUUACUGGGAAACUCAUCUAAUAACUUUCUUACAAGCACUUUUAUCUUUGGUGACACAAGUUCUGUUCCUGUUCUUUGCAUCCAAAAGUCGGUGAUAAGAGGAAACAAUUUUUGGACAGUUGGAUUGCGUGCACUCUACUUUGCAAUCACUUUGCUCCUAUGGAUUUUUGGUCCAAUUCCUAUGUGUGUUGGUUCUGUAGCUACAGUCAUAAUCUUGCAUUUUCUAGAUGUCAAUAAAGCACCCAUGAUUGAGUAUGGAUCACACAAGGGUUCAAACAGUGAUCACCUGCGGAAGAUUGGACAUGAAAUAGCUUCUGUGGUUAGGCCUUUUGAACACAACGGAAGGCCAUAG